AUCUAAUCAAACUAUCCUGGCCUUGAGCAUUGGCGGGAGGGGCAAUCAACCAAUCAUCGGUGACUAACCCGCGAUGUUAUGGAGCCUUUGGAACCCUCAGCCAAUCGACAGCGUGGACAUCCGUUUAGUGGUGUUGGCACACCGUUAUUUGGGCCCACUUAACCCUUUUCUGACUUCCGGGCGAAAUCCGCGCUAAGCCAGUCUAAUUGAGGCUAACUCCUGCUUUUCAAUUCAAUUCUUCCUCGAACAGUUCUUCUUCAGCCCAACCUUCAUCAAUAACACUGUGGAACGACGACGAGGACGAGGGCACGAUAACGACCGCACCACGCUUCCUCUGUGUGUCUACAGCAGACAAUUGUCUCUCCUUUCGAUUUUUAGAAUUCUCUCUUCAGUGCUCUCGUCACUUCUCCCCGUCUCUGGAGUUUCUCUUCUUCGCCUUGCCCCUGUGGCAGGAUGAUUUGCAUUGAGGAAUAAGAAGCCGAAGCGUGGUUUGCCUGGGAUAACCCAAUUAGAAUAUUAAAUAUUAAAUAUAAGCCUGUCGUUUGCCGCAAAACACACAAAAGACUUUUCUUUUCCGCCCCAGAUUUCGAACUGACAGCAAACGCUUCUGUCUGCAUUUGUGGUGUGAUCAGCGGACUUUUGUCAACGACAACGUUGUUCGCACUCUGAUAUUUGUCUCGUUCUUUUCAAACCCAGCUUAUCUGUUAAUCAGGUGGAUGCAACACCUAUCAUCGUCAUUCGUUUCUCCAAAGGGCCUUGCGCUCAUUUUUCCAAUCCACAUGCAACUUCGUCAGUCUGAUGACUGACGUCCAUUCUUUCAUUCAAUAACUUUGACGAUACUAUCCUGUCGCGGCCCUCUCAUUUCGUUCCUCCAGCCGACCGCCAUCCACUCCUUCCUGUUUUUUCUAGUCCGCUUAGACGAUUUGCUCGCCCCAACGCGAAAUAGUAAAUACAAGCACGCGAAUUCAAUUACGUCUUGCUUGAAGCAAUCCAUUCGCUCUCGUUUCCCUUUUCUUGUAUCCCUUUAGCCAGGCCGAUAUAUCACGCAUUGCUUCAAUCGGAUAUAUUAUCUCACGCUCCCUUAUACCGCAUUCAAUGCGCAAUCUUGUCCAGGAAGACUGAGAUCAGCUCAUUUCCCAUCGUUCACUUUACACGACUUAGCCAUCUCGUCACAGGGAGUCGGUACAUAGAUCCACCUUCGUUUCUUGGACGCGACCCUAGGCGGUCCUAGCUGUUUUUUUAGGAUUGAUCACUUUUCUUCACUAUUACUUUUUAUUGCCCACUUGUGGGAUACCAUUUUGGACUGGCUUCCUUCCUGCGGCCCAUUACUUUGCUUAGCGACAAUUAAUGCGCAUAUCUUGAACGACGAUUAUUUCACUCGUUGAUUCUUUUACUAAACGAAAAAACGGAGAAACCGAGAACCGGACGAAUUUGGAAAGGGAUAAAGAAAAAAGGAUUUUUUUUUCGGCAGGUUAGCGUAGGGGAGAGCUAGGAGCUUCAAGCUCACAGAUAUGGGUCAUCAUGGGAGGAGACGCUGGAGGCACAAUGGUGCACAUCUGAAAGUCAGGUCGGCUUUGGGUGCAGGAAAUGCACUUGUUGGGGCAGCUGUCGGACACAAAGACGGACCCAGGGGCGAUAGGGAAGCUACGUUGGAGCCAUAUGAGAACAUUGAUGAAAUCACUGCCGCGGUUGUGAAAGUUGACGAAAGAGGACGUUUUCUGGGGCGUUCGAAUCUAAACGAUUUACGAGCACGUCAAGCCCAAGGAGGCUCUGGAAAUGCAGAUGUUGUUGUUUCAACUGUAAUUCACGUUGUUCUCGAGAAUGGAUCUACGGUUGGGAAGUUCACAGUCCCUACGUUACCCGCGACUAUAUCGAACUCCGAUCUAGGACAAGUCACCAUUCUCGCAGAGACCAAUUCCCCAAGCGUUGUGCCCACCGCUCCACCUAACAAUGCCCCAAUCGGCCCUACUCCCUCGCCUGCAACUUCUGAGCCUAAUUCUAGUGUUCCUGGAAACGGAGCAACCCCGCAGCCUACCCCCAGUGAUCCUCCUGUUAAUUCCCCAACGGAUCCUACCUCAUCUAUUCCCGAUUCUAGCACCCCAUCUUCCGACUUGCCCACAUCAACUACCGAUAUGUCGCUCUCGGGUUCUACCUCUACCUUUACCUCUAGCCCAGUGGCGGAUUUCCCGGCGCCUUCUCCCUCAUCAGUAUCAUCAACAUCCAUUACUGAGAAUGUCAGGCGACCCACCUUCAUUGUAUUGCCUAUUUCAACUAGCACUACCUCGUCGGUAUCGAUACCACCUGGAGCCCACAUCGGGCUUUUACCAUCGGAGUCAUCGCAACCGCUGUUGCCAAGCACAACGUCCAGUUUUUCUGAUACAUUCCUACCAAUCUUACCAUCGUCAUCCGCUUUAUUGGUUUCGACAUCAUCGACAUACCCAUCAUUAUCAAUUACUAGCAGCACGGCGUCAACCUCAUCGAGUUCUGCGGCAAGCUCAAAAUCUGCUCUAAAGACUACUACUUAUGCCGGUGGUUUUGGCGGCGGCCGUGAAGGAGGCGGUGGAGGCGGGGGCGGAGACCCAACUGCCACCACCAGCCCAGGUGGUAUGCCUACUUUUGCAGGCGGUAGUCCUGCUGAUGCAUCCAGCUCUUCCAACGUCCCGACAAGUAAAGUUGUUGGUGGUGUGGUUGGUGGGGUUGCCGGCAUCGUUCUACUUAUAGCAGUGGCCCUCCUACUUCUGCGAAACCGGAAACGAAAAACUGAUCCUUCCGGCGGUCUCACGGCAGAGGACCAAGGAACAGCUGCAAUAUUACAUACAGGUGUGGAAGGACUGAUGUCGGAGCGCUCUGUUAGCGGAGGAAGUACUUUAGGCGCCGCAGCUCUCUUCAGCAAAUGGAGAAAUUCCCACCAAUCCACCAGGAGUUUCGAACCACCACCUAGCAGCGAACGAGGGUUUCAGAAAGUCUCAGGGAGGAAAAUCACAUCAGUGCUAGAAUCUGGUGGUGAUGGAUAUGACGACCCUUUCGGCGUUAAUGGAGAGAAACUCUAUUACGAGACGACCUCUGCUGCUGGUGCUGUGGCUAAAGAGACCGGUUCGCGGACAACGAGCUCCCAUUUUAUCCCUCCGUCUUCCUCAAGCUUUCAACCCCGACCAACCCUCUCUCGCAUCCGGAUAUCGCGAAGUGCGUCACCGAUUGCACAAGCACUCCACACCCCGCCACUCGGCCGACCACCCUCUCAAGAGAGUGACUCUUCCGCACAUGUCGUUUUCCGUCCGUCACCCGCGCGAACCCCGCUAACCAGUUCAGCGGAUGUCACCACAACGACGACACUGAGUGCCCCUGGCUCAAUUGCUCUGCACCCCCCGCCACAUCAGUCGCUACCACGAUUACCUGUCCAUCGACGGGUUUCUGUCCAAGAUGCGAUAGGAAGGAGUAUAGCUAGUUCCGAUGGUAGUCGUACUAGUCGAUUUACUGAGGCGAUUUAAUCAAAACAACGAAUGGAUUUUCUUCCAAGGAUAUAUUUAUGUUAUCUCUUAAUUUUUUUACAUCUCAAUUUAUAUCUGAGAUGGCAAUAUAUGUUAAUUUCGGUUGGGUGUUAUGAUAAUAUAUGUACUAAACUAGGCAGAGGUGCUUUCAAGAGUAAAAUAAGACUCGCACUAAUGUAUCAUCUGCCCGCUUCAUCAUCCCCUUGAGCUAAAGUUCCUUUGAGUAUUUUCUUGACGUCGCCAAAUUAAUGUCCGAAUUACCUGUUUUUUUCUCGGCCACGCCUGAUGUAUGCUCGGUUUUGUUUUCCAUCCGCUAAACCGUCUCAUUUACCCUACCCUACCCUAUCUACCUUGCCUCAAAUCUAUAUUAAUGUCAUUUGUCUUUCAAUUUCCUAGAUAUAUAUACAUCACCUGCAUGUCUAUACAUACCGUCAUGUUUUCAUUUUUCGCCCUUUCGAUAUAUACCCCGUUGUUUUCCGUUAUCCCUUACCCAUUACCCAUUACCCAUUACCCAUUACCCCUAACCCCCAACCCCCAACCUUUAUAUGAUGCGCCACGCUGCGUUUAAAGUCACUAUCUCCCUAUGUCCCAUCUAUCCUAUCCAUCACUGAUAGUCAUUUUAGUUAGGAGUAUAAAUGUGGGAGAAGAGCAUUGAUCGAUUGAUUGGUUGAUGAAUGAAUAAAUGGAUAGAUAGAUGGAAGAACUAUUUGACGCCAUGUAUAGAGUGAAAAUACAUAUGAAUAUUAUGUCAGGUCACAUGUUCUGGCUUAUUAAUCCUUCCACCAUAUAACUUCUCACAAGCUAGUAACCUUUUCAAUCAAGCAAGCUUUACACCUUCCACAGGUUAUAAGGCCUGCUUUGUGCACAAACACGGUCA